AGAGAUCCUCUCCUCCGUCCCCGCCUCCCCUGCCUGCACCCCUGCCUCCGCCUCUGCCCACCCGGCCCAAUCCCUUACAACUGCCCCGGGACGGCUCCUGGGCGGCCGCUGCCAUACAGACGCCACCAGGUUGCCCCUCUCUGCUCCAGCUAGAAAGACUUGAGUUAGACAAGCGGAAGCGUACGCCUUCCUACCUCAUGGCGACAGAAAACGGAGCAGUGGAGAUGGGAAUCCAGAGCUCAUCAACAGACAGUGCACCUCAAGGUGCAGCAGGCGAAGGACCCCCAGCUACAGAGAAAGACCUUGUCCCCACAGACCCAAAGAAAGAAACUGCCCCCCCAGAUCCAAACAAGGAACCUGUCCCCCCAGACCCAAACAAGGAACCUGCCCACCCAGAUCCAAACAAGGAACCUGCCUCCCCAGACCCAAACAAGAAAGCUGCCCCCCCAGACUCAAAGAAAGACCCCGGACCCCCAGACCCAAAGAAAAAAACUGCCCCCCCAGAUCCAAACAAGGAACCUGCCCCCCCAGUCCCAAAGAAAGGAGAAUCUGCCCCCCCAGAUCCAAAGAAAGAACCUGCCCCCCCAGAUCCAAAGAAAGAACCUGCCCCCCCAGGUCCAAAGAAAGACUCUGGCCCCCCAGAUCCAAAGAAAGAAUCUGCCAACUCAGAUCUAAAGAAGGAACCUGUCCCCCCAGACUCAAAGAAAGACUCUGCCCCCCCAGAUCCAAAGAAAGAAUCUGCCAACUCAGAUCUAAAGAAGGAACCUGUCCCCCCAGACUCAAAGAAAGACUCUGCACCCCCAGACCCAAAGAAGGAAUCUGGCCUCCCAGAUCCAAAGAAAGAACCUGCCAACCCAGAUCUAAAGAAGGAACCUGUCCCCCCAGAACCAAAGAAGAAACCUGUCCCCCCAGAACCAAAGAAAGAAACUGCCCCUCCAGACCCCAAAAAAGAAUCUGGCCCCCCAGAUCCAAAAAAGGAACCUGGCCCCCCAGAUCCAAAGAAGGAACCUGGCCCUCCAGAUCCAAAGAAGGAAUCUGGCCCCUCAGAUCCAAAGAAGGAACCUGGCCCCCCAGAUCCAAAGAAGGAACCUGUCCCCCCAGAUCCAAAGAAGGAAUCUGGCCCCCCAGACCCAAAGAAAGACUCUGUCCCCCCAGACCCAAAGAAAGAAUCUGCCCGCCCAGAUCCAAAAAAGGAAUCUGGCCCCCCAGAUCCAAAGAAGGAACCUGGCCCCCCAGAUCCAAAGAAGGAACCUGGCCCCCCAGAUCCAAAGAAGGAACCUGCCCCCCCAGAUCCAAAAAAGGAAUCUGUCCCCCCAGAUCCAAAGAAGGAAUCUGCCCCCCCAGAUCCAAAGAAGGAAUCUGGCCCCCCAGAUCCAAAGAAGGAACCUGGCCCCCCAGAUCCAAAGAAGGAAUCUGGCCCCCCAGAUCCAAAGAAGGAAUCUGGCCCCCCAGAUCCAAAGAAGGAACCUGGCCCCCCAGAUCCAAAGAAGGAACCUGGCACUCCAGAUCCAAAGAAGGAACCUGAAGGUGCCCCAGAGAAAGGGGAAGGUGGCCUGGCCCAGCGCGCAGCUACCUGCCAGGGCUCCGAGGGAGAAGGCGCCGUGGGCAGCACUGGGCAGCCGGCAGCCCUGCCCCAGCAGAGCCGGACGGCUGAGGCCAGCGUCGAGAAGCCCAGCGACGGCGAUAACCAGGCGUCCCCGGGCAGCCAGGCUCCUGGAGAGUCCAAGGAGCAAAAGAAGGCCCUGGAGAGCCGCGCAGCAGCCAGGAGGGGCUCGCCAGCCUUCCUGCAUUGCCCCAGCUGCCCUGCCGCCAUCCCCAGCCCAGAGAAGCCGCUGGCGGAGAAGCCCCCAAACGAGACAUUGGAGCUCAUCUUUGAAGGGGUGCCCGUGACCCCCAGCCCCCCAGAUCCCGUGCCAGCCAAAGCAGCAGAAGGAGGGGAAAAUGUCCCGCGAGGCGGCCAGCAGGAAGCCGGAGAGAAGGCUUCGGGCCAGGCUGAGGUGGAAGGGGACACCUCGAGGGGGAUCGAGUUCCAGGCUGUGCCCCCCGCGGCGAGAUGGGAGGUGGGGCAGCCCCUCAGCCUCACAGCCAGGGAGGAGGACUGCUUCCAGAUCUUGGACGAUUGCCCGCCUCCCCCGGCCCCCUUCCCCCACCGCAUUGUGGAGCUGAGGACCGGGAACGUCAACAGCCAGUUCAGCAUGAACUCCAAGGAGACUCUGGGCGGCGGCAAGUUCGGAGCCGUCUGUACCUGUACAGAGAAAGCCACUGGCCUCAAGCUGGCAGCCAAGGUCAUCAAGAAACAGACGCCCAAAGACAAGGAAAUGGUGAUGCUCGAGAUCGAGGUUAUGAACCAGCUCAACCACCGCAACCUGAUCCAGCUCUACGCAGCCAUCGAGACCCCCCACGACAUCAUCCUGUUCUUGGAGUACAUCGAGGGCGGAGAGCUCUUCGAGAGGAUUGUGGACGAGGACUACCAGCUGACCGAGGUGGACACCAUGGUGUUUGUCCGGCAGAUCUGCGACGGGAUCCUCUUCAUGCACCAGAUGCAGGUCCUGCACCUGGACCUCAAGCCAGAGAACAUCCUGUGUGUCAACAACACCGGCCACUUGGUGAAGAUCAUUGACUUCGGCCUGGCACGGAGGUACAACCCCAACGAGAAGCUGAAGGUGAACUUUGGGACCCCGGAGUUCCUGUCCCCUGAGGUGGUGAAUUACGACCAAAUCUCCGACAAGACGGACAUGUGGAGUAUGGGGGUCAUCACCUACAUGCUGCUGAGUGGCCUCUCCCCCUUCCUGGGAGACGAUGACACAGAGACCCUGAACAACGUCCUGGCUGCCAACUGGUACUUUGACGAGGAGACCUUCGAGGCCGUGUCCGAUGAGGCCAAAGACUUCGUCUCCCACCUCAUCGUCAAGGACCAGGGGGCCCGCAUGAGCGCUGCCCAGUGCCUCGCCCACCCCUGGCUCAACAACCUGGCCGAGAAAGCCAAGCGCUGCAACCGACGCCUCAAGUCCCAGAUCUUGCUUAAGAAAUACCUCAUGAAGAGACGCUGGAAGAAAAACUUCAUCGCUGUCAGCGCUGCCAACCGCUUCAAGAAGAUCAGCAGCUCAGGGGCACUGAUGGCGCUGGGGGUCUGAGCCCCAGAAGCGGCCGAGGCCUGGAUGCAGCUGCCCGGCGGCCGGGGCUGAGGCCUCACAGCCCAGAAGGCCAGAGCAGAUGGCCAGACCCCAGGGUGGCCUGGCCAGGACAGGGCUGCGCCAGGCUGGGCGGCUCGGGGCUCCCCACGCCCCCACACGGCGACCGCUUCCCCGAUGAGAGCCGCCUCGGGUGUGGCCUGAGUCCAUCCUGCUGACGCCGCCCCCGGCCAGCUCCGGCCCCUCAGCCACCGCCCGAUGCCAUGGGCCUGCUGCUCCCUCCCUGGCCCCACCUCUGGAACUGCUGGCCUGGUGACCCCUGCGUGGCCCCGCCGGGGCACCCUGGCCUGAGCUUGCUCUCAGCUGAAGGGGUGGGGUCCCCAUGUGGGGGGCCCCUGCGGGUGUGGAUGGGAGGCUCUUGGUGGGGCAGGAAGGCAACAACGUCGGUUCCUGAGGCCCAGCUGCCGGCAGACAGAGCGGGCUUUGUGAGAGAGGCUCCCGCGCCCCGCCCGCCUCCCUGCACCCAGCAGAUAAGGCCGAGCACACACCAUCUGGCCGGCUCCGGCUCCCUCCCACCUUCCCCGCCGACCACCAACACACAGGAACUCCGAGUGAGCGAGCGAGCGGGAGGACGCCGCCCAGGCCUGGCGGAGGGGGUGGGGGGGGGGGGCGGAAGACCACCCCGAACUUGCCUGAGGGCCUCGCUCGCUGGCUCCACCGGCCGCGGUGGCCCCCGCCCCUGCCACGAGGGCUUCAGAGGACGGAGUCACAGGCCCCGGAGAAGUGCAGAGGCCGUGGCGGCCCCCAGCCUGCUCUCAGCUUGUGCCUUGUAAAUAAAUGUACAGGUUGGAUGUGG